AGGACCAGGACCAGGGCAGGACCAGGACCAGGACCAGGGCAGGACCAGGACCAGGACCAGGGCAGGACCAGGACCAGGAUUAGGUUUAGGUCCAGAAUCAGCAUCAGCAUCAGGCUACAGAAUGAGGUCGCUGUCCGUGGUGCUGAACCCGCUGCUGUUCCUGCUGCUGUUCGGUUACUGUCCUUCAGUGACCAUCAGGCCAAAGGAGGGGUGGCAGGUCUACAGCUCAGCUCAGGAUGCAGAUGGCCGUUGUGUCUGCACAGUGGUGGCACCUGAACAGAAUCUGUGCUCCAGAGAUGCCAAAGGGAGACAGCUCCGCCAGCUCCUGGAGAAGGUGCAGAACAUGUCACAGUCAAUCGAGGUGUUGAACCUGCGGACACAGAGGGACUUUCAGUACAUCAUGAGGAUGGAGAGCCAGAUCAAGGGGCUGCGGUCAAAGUUCCGGCAGAUCGAGUCGGACAGGAAGACUCUCGUCAACAAGAACUUUCAGGAGCUGAAGGGAAAGAUGGAGUCCCUGCAGCCGCUGAUCCCUGUACUGGAGCAAUACAAGACAGACACCAAGCUUAUCUCCCAGUUCAAAGAGGAGAUCAGAAACCUGUCGGGUGUGUUGAUGGGAAUCCAGGAGGAGAUGGGAGCCUACGACUACGAGGAGCUGCAGCAGAGGGUCCUGAACCUGGAAAAUAGGCUUCGUAACUGUAUGAACAAACUCACAUGUGGGAAGCUAAUGAAGAUCACCGGGCCGCUGACAGUGAAAACAUCAGGGACGAGAUUCGGAGCCUGGAUGACCGACCCGCAGGCGUCUCCCAAAAACAACCGGGUCUGGUACAUGGACAGCUACACCAACAACAAGAUCGUUAAAGAGUUUAAAUCCGUUGAUGAUUUCGUGGCGGGAGUCGAGUCGAGAACAUACAACCUUCCUUUCAAAUGGGCCGGGACCAACCACGUGGUGUACAACGGCUCGCUGUACUACAACAAGAUGCAGAGCAACAUCGUGGUGAGGUACAGCUUCGAGACGGGCCGCGUGGUCACGCAGAGGGCCCUGGAGUCGGCGGGCUUCCACAACGUGUACCCCUACACGUGGGGGGGCUUCUCAGACAUCGACCUGAUGGCGGACGAGCUGGGCCUGUGGGCCGUGUACGCGACCAACCAGAACGCCGGGAACAUCGUCAUCAGCCAGCUGAACCCCGACACGCUCCAAAUCCUCAACACGUGGAACACGGAGUACUCGAAGAGGAACGCCGGCGAGUCUUUUAUGAUCUGCGGGACACUCUACAUCACUAACUCCCACCUCACGGGGGCCAAGGUGUACUACGCUUACUCCACUAAGACGUCCACGUACGAGUACACAGACAUCCCCUUUCAUAACCAGUACUUCCACAUGUCGAUGCUGGACUACAACGCCAGGGAUCGAACCCUGUACGGCUGGAACAACGGCCACCAGGUCCUGUUCAAUGUCACACUUUUCCACAUCAUUAAAACUGAGGACGACUCUUAAGCGGAGGAAUGAAGGAACCACAUGAAGGAAAUGAUUGAAUUGAUGGUCUCACCUGAAUGUUCUGAUGAAUUUUAUUUAUUAGCUCAUUUAUUUUAUCCCUCUGAUUAGUUUGGUGCACAUUUAUUUAGCGUCAUCGAGCUGUUUCCACACCAUCCCUGAGAUUGAAAAUAUUCUCCACUCUUCCUACAAAAUAAAUUACCGUACAAAUUAAAACCAGUUUGUGGCACAUGGUGGGACAUACUGCAGGAGAUAUAUUUUGGACUCAAUACUGGCACUUUUACUUUGCUAAGUUUUAGAAUGACUGAACUACUGAGGAUUUCUACCGUUUCCCUUUUCUCUACGAAUUGAAAGCUUUUCCACGAAGUGAACUCGUAUUUAAAAUGGUUCUCUCAUCCUCAAUUGCAUUUUUAUUCACCUCCCCCCCCUUAAUUUAUUCAUAUUUUUCGACCGUGUUCACUAAUUGUUCAUUUUGUUUCCAUUCUUCCCUUCGCCAUUUGUUCGUCAUCAUCUGCUAAUUUAUUCCAGCCUUUCACCACCACCACUUAGCUUUCAAUGCCUCUUUCUACUUUUCCUUUCAGAGGUUAUUUUGCACUUGACCUUGUACAAGACAAUGAGGAAUACGCCGAACCCUAAUGAACCUGUGUAGUUAUUGUACUUUGCUUAUUUUUUUUUGUGUGUCGACAAAGAUUUCUCAGUCGUGCAGGUCACAGGAUAUCUGCAAGUACUAAGUCAAAGUACAAACGGAGAAUCUGGCUGCCUUUAACUUAAUACUUUGAGAUGUAGUUUUUGUAUUUCCAGCGACAGUUUGUAUGCCUUAUUCAGUGAAGUACCUUCUUUAAGCCCAAGGAUAACAGCUCUUGUGCAUGAAUGUUGGCUAUCCCAAUAGCAUUUUUACUGUAACUGUAUUUCUGUGUAUUUUGUAUUUGCACAACAUCCCACUCUCCUCCCCUCCAGCUACGAUGAAGAUCCAUUUAUAAAGCCAGCAGUAGAUACAGUUAACGGACAUUUGUUGGUGUAAAUAAGAAGUUAUACAUCACUUAAAAAAAAUAAAAGCAUUGUUUUCAUUAAAGCGGCGCUCUGUGUAUUUGUGUUCUCAGGAUGUCACGUGAACUCGUUAACUCGUUCCAGACGCUUUACUGCAACAGGAGGGAAAAAGAAAAAUGUUGUAUUUCAUUUGACGUCACUUUCAAGCCACCGACGUGAGCGCAUUAGAGCUUCUCAGCCAAAAUAGAGUCACCCCUCCGUCCUCUAAAACUUCAACCUGUUACGUGACUUAAAUUUAUUUAUUUUAUUCAUUGGGUUUUUGUGAAGCACUUUGUAACCUUGUUUAGAUAAGUUCUACACGAAUAAAUGUAUUGUUAUUAUAAAGAUAUUAUUCUUUUCUUAUUUCUCCAUUUUACAUCUUUGUCUAUGGACGUGUGUGUUUUUAUGGACGUGUGUGUUUUUCAUGUUACUCUCAGUGAGGGAGAAGCAGCUUCCACACACACUUUGUUCUGGAGGACAACAGCUCAUCAAAGCUUCGAGCUCUGGUUUGUGUGCGUCGGCUUCACUGCGUUUUGAUUAUUGAUUGUGACUUUCAGCCGUGCUGCAUUGAUUGGACAUGUGUUGCAGUUUUGUUCUGUACAGUGAGCCACUGGAAAUACUUUGUUCUGGUGUUGACUUCAUUCGCAGUUAGCGAACAUUAGUGAAGAGGAAAUGGGACAUGAGGCGGAGAAAUGUUAAAAGUCUUCAUUCAGUCAGAUGUAUUCAGCCUCAGACGUUUUCAUGUUGGUUUGAAUAGAAAAAAAAUAUUAUUGUUUUACACC